AUGGGCCAAGUAAUUGGUCUUGAUUUGUGUGAGGAAUUUAUUUCUGGAGGACUGAAUAAUUCAAGUCUCUUCAAGCUGCAAUAUUUGCAGAAUUUGAAUCUUGCUUACAAUGAUUUCAAUUCUUCCAUUCCUUUGGAGUUUGACAAGCUCAAGAAUUUGAGGUGUUUAAAUUUGUCAAAUGCUGGAUUUCAUGGGCAGAUUCCUGCUCAGAUUUCUCACCUGACAAAUUUGACAACACUUGACUUGUCUACAUCACUUGCCUCACAACAUUUUCUCAAACUCCAGAAUCCAAACAUUGAGAUGAUUUUACAGAACCUUACAAAACUCACAGAACUAUAUCUUGAUGGUGUGAGGGUAUCUGCUGAGGGAAAGGAGUGGUGUCAUGCUUUAUCUUCUCUUCAAAAGCUAAAAGUGCUGAGCAUGUCAUCAUGCAAUAUCUCAGGGCCAAUUGAUUCUUCACUAGAAGCACUUAAGGAACUCUCAGUAGUUCGACUGAAUCUGAAUAAUAUCUCAAGCCCUGUGCCUGAAUUCCUUGUUAAUUUCUCCAAGUUGAAUGUCUUGGAGCUUAGCAGUUGCUGGUUGAGGGGUAAUUUUCCAAAGGGUAUCUUUCAAAUGCAAACAUUAAGUGUUCUUGAUAUCUCAAACAACCAGGAUCUUCAUGGUGCUUUGCCAAAUUUCCUACAACAAGAAGUUCUUCACACCAUGAAUCUUAGUAACACAAAUUUCUCUGGGAAAUUGCCAGGUUCUAUUUCAAAUUUAAAGCAGUUGUCCAAAUUAGAUCUAUCUAACUGCCAAUUCAUUGAAACACUCCCAAUUUCAAUGUCAGAAAUCACUCAACUUGUUCAUGUGGACUUGUCUUUUAACAAGUUUACUGGUCCCCUUCCCUCUUUGAAGAUGGCAAAAAAUCUCAGAUAUUUAUCUCUCUUACACAAUAAUUUGACAGGAGCCAUUCCUACAACUCAUUUUGAGGGACUUGAAAAUCUACUCACUGUCAAUUUAGGAGAUAAUUCCCUCAACGGAAAAAUUCCUUUGACUCUUUUUACACUUCCAUCUUUGCAAGAACUAACACUUUCUCAUAAUGGAUUUGAUGGCCUAUUAGAUGAAUUUCCAAAUGUUUCUGCCUCUAAACUACAGUUGAUUGACUUGAGCAGCAACAAAUUGCAGGGUCCUAUUCCGGAGUCUAUCUUUCAUAUUAAUGGACUCCGUUUCCUACAACUUUCUGCAAAUGAAUUCAAUGGAACAAUAAAACUUGUUAUGAUUCAGAGGCUUCACAAUUUGCAUACAUUAGGUCUUUCACACAACAAAUUGUCAGUUGAUAUAAUUGUCAAUGAUGAUCAUGACCUAUCAUCCUUUCCCAGCAUGAAAUAUAUAUUGUUGGCUUCUUGCAAGUUGAGAGAAUUUCCAGGGUUCUUGAGAAACCAAUCCCAACUAAAUGCUUUAGACCUAUCCAACAAUCAGAUUCAAGGAAUAGUUCCUAACUGGAUCUGGAGAUUUGACUCUCUGGUUUAUCUCAAUCUUUCCAACAAUUUUCUCACAAAUAUGGAAGGACCCUUUGAUGAUCUGAAUUCCAAUCUAUACAUCCUUGAUCUUCAUUCCAAUCAACUUUCUGGAUCAAUUCCUACUUUCACAAAAUAUGCUGUUCAUUUGGACUACUCAAGCAAUAAAUUCAACACUGCCCCACUUGACAUGGAUAAGUAUAUCCCUUUUGUAUACUUUCUCUCCCUUUCAAAUAACACCUUUCAAGGGAAAAUCCAUGAAGCCUUUUGUAAUCUUUCUUCUCUGCGGUUGCUUGAUCUUUCCUAUAAUCGCUUCAAUGACCUCAUUCCCAAGUGUUUGAUGAGAAGGAAUAGUACCCUCAGAGUACUAAAUCUUGCUGGAAACAAACUCAAGGGUUAUCUUUCUGAUACCAUUUCAAGUUCAUGCAAUUUAAGAUUCCUUAAUCUCAAUGGAAAUCUCUUGGGUGGUGUUAUCCCAGACUCUCUAGCCAAUUGCCAGAGUCUACAAGUCUUAAAUCUUGGAAGCAAUCAGUUUAGUGAUAGAUUUCCAUGCUUCUUAAGUAAUAUUUCCUCCCUGAGAGUGCUAAUUUUGAGGUCAAACAAACUCAAUGGUCCAAUUGCAUGCCCUCAUAACACUAGCAAUUGGGAGAUGCUACAUAUUGUUGAUCUAGCCUACAAUAAUUUCUCUGGUAUACUACCUGGACCAUUUUUUAGAAGCUGGACAAAAAUGAUGGGUAAUGAGGCUGAAUCCCAUGAAAAAUACGGGUCUUUAUUUUUUGACGUGUUUGACAAUCAUGCCACUGUGCGUUACAAUAAUCUGUUCACAGUUAUCAGCAAAUUUCUUGUAAUGAAAUUAUACAAACUGUUGGCAACUGAGCCUUAUUUUGUGGCUGACCACAUAUUUGCCUAUUAUGUCACUUCUAACGAAUUCGGUGGUCGCUACUUGGAUUCAGUUACAAUUGUGAACAAGGCUUUGCAAAUGAAGUUGAUCAAAAUUCCCACUAUCUUCACUUCCUUAGAUCUCUCCUCGAACCAUUUUGAAGGUCCAAUACCUGAAGAACUUGUGAGUUUGAAAGCACUCAAUGUUCUUAAUUUGUCACACAAUGCUUUCUCAAGUCACAUCCCCUUGUCAAUUGGAAGUUUGGUGCAUCUUGAAUCCUUGGACUUGUCAAAUAACAAUUUGAGCGGAAAAAUCCCUCUUGAGCUUGCUAGUUUAAAUUUUCUAGCAUACUUGAAUCUCUCAUUUAAUCAAUUGAGGGGGCAAAUCCCAACAGGUGCUCAAAUGCAAACAUUUGAUGCAAGUUAUUUUGAAGGCAAUGAAGGAUUAUGUGGGCCACCCUUAAAAGAUUGCACCAACGAUAGAGUGGGACAUUCCCUUCCAACACCAUAUGAAAUGCAUGGAUCAAUUGACUGGAAUUUCCUAAGUGUGGAGUUGGGAUUCAUUUUUGGCUUUGGAAUCACUAUCCUUCCCCUUAUGUUCUUCCAGAGGUGGGGGCUUUUGUAUUGGCAGCGCGUUGAUGAAUUGCUUUACAUGCUUGUUCCUCAGUUUGGCUUUGUUUAUGAACACUAUAGAGGGCAAAGGUACAGAACUCUAAGGUGGAUAGUGUAG